AUGAAUUGGAUUUCUUCAGGCAGAGUCAAGCCUCUUCCUCUAUCAUCACACUUCCGUCUCCGAUGCGCCAACACCACCAACUUCUCCAAUUCCCCCCAUACUACUACUAUUCGCUUGGCGGUUUCAACUCCCCGCCUUCCCCUCAAAUGUGCGUCCACAAACUUCUCCGAUUCUCAUCCUCCCGAUCCGAUUUCGAAUCACUCUUCUCACGAUACCACGACGCGGAAACAAACUAUUUUCGACAUCCUCAACAACUCAAACUCACUUCUGCCUCCUGCAGUCCUUGCCAGUACUCUGCUAGCUCUUAUCUACCCACCUUCUUUAACCUGGUUUACUACCAGAUACUAUGCACCCGCAUUAGGAUUUUUGAUGUUUGCAGUUGGGGUCAAUUCAAGUGAAAAAGACUUCCUUGAAGCAUUUAGUAGGCCUGCUGAAAUUGCCACGGGUUAUUUUGGCCAGUUUGUUGUGAAGCCUCUUCUUGGAUAUCUGUUUUAUAUUAUUGCACUAACUGUUUUUGGUCUACCAGCAGGAAUAGGUGCAGGGAUUGUAUUGGUGGGUUGUGUUAGUGGAGCUCAGCUUUCAAAUUAUGCAACUUUUCUAACAGACCCACAAAUGGCACCAUUAAGCAUAGUAAUGACAUCACUGUCAACUGCUUCCGCGGUUUUUGUCACACCACUCUUAUUGCUGUUGCUCAUUGGGAAGAGACUGCCUGUAGAUGUAAAAGGAAUGGUGUUUAGCAUUACACAGAUUGUGGUGGUACCUAUUGCUGUUGGUCUGCUUCUAAAUCGCUUCUUCCCUCGUAUUUGCAACGCUAUUCGACCAUUUUUGCCUCCACUGUCCGUGUUGGUGGCAGCUAUCUGUGCUGGAGCACCCCUCGCCCUUAACGUGGAGGUUAUUAAAUCUCCACUUGGAGUUUCUAUCUUGCUUCUUGUUGUUGCUUUCCAUUUGUCAGCUUUUAUAGCUGGUUAUGCACUAGGUGGUUCUAUCUUCCGUGAUUCUCCUGAAGUGAAGCCACUACAACGAACACUUUCGUUUGAGACAGGAAUGCAAAGUAGCCUCCUUGCUCUGGCUCUUGCUAAUAAGUUCUUCAAAGACCCGGUUGUGGGUAUGCCUCCAGCAAUUUCGACUGCAAUUAUGUCUUUGAUGGGAUUUGGUCUUGUCUUGAUCUGGGCCAAAAAAGGAAAGCAUGAGACGAAACACAGCACCUGA